CCACAGCCCUCCACGUCUCCCGCACCAUCCUUUAUUGCCAGCACCGUCUCUAUCCCCUGCAAACCCCCGCUUGCAUCCAUCCCCAUCGCCGCCGGCGCUUCCUCCCGGGCCUCCUUCCCCUCACGCACAGCGUACGAUGGCGGCCAUGAAGGUGGUGAGGAACCUCGACCUGGAGCGGUACAUGGGCAGGUGGUACGAGAUCGCGUGCUUCCCGUCCAGGUUCCAGCCCAAGGACGGCGCCAACACGCGCGCCACCUACACGCUCGACCCGGACGGCGCCGUCAAGGUGCUCAACGAGACCUGGACCGGCGGCCGCCGGGGACACAUCGAGGGCACCGCCUUCCGCGCCGACGACGCCGGCGACGAGGCCAAGCUCAAGGUCAGGUUCUACGUGCCCCCCUUCCUCCCCGUCUUCCCCGUCACCGGCGACUACUGGGUGCUCCACGUCGACGACGCCUACCAGUACGCGCUCGUCGGCCAGCCCUCCCGGAACUACCUCUGGAUCUUGUGCAGGCAGCCGCGGAUGGACGAGGGCGUGUACAACGAGCUGGUGGAGAGGGCCAAGGAGGAAGGGUACGACGUGAGCAAGCUCCGGAGGACGCCGCACCCGGAGCCGACGCCGGAGAGCCAGGAUGCCCCCAAGGACGGCGGGCUGUGGUGGAUCAAAUCCCUCUUUGGAAAGUAGGUUGGUGCCCAUGCCAAAGCACAAAGAAAGUGGGUGCCGCUCGCUCCCGUACCAGCUGGUGUGCCGUGUACAGUUCAGUCUAGUACUAUGUUCGUGGCUGCAGGGAAUAUGAAGAUGUUUAGUUACCCGUGUGUUUGCUUGUUCGUGUUCAAAAUGUACAACACACUUUGCGGAAUAAUUUGCGUGCCAGGGUUGGGACAAA